ACACGCAUUGAUCUCCAUAUUACACGUCAAGCAUCAAGAGAGCGCCCUCAAUCGAUUAUAUUAUGUCAACGUCGAUGAUGGAGAUUUUUAUGAAUUUGCAAUUUUGUAAAGUUCAGGUGAAAAAAUGUCUUCCCCUAACUACAAAGAUGCCUCACCGAGGAAAGUGCUACAAAGACGAGUCAAGAAGCAAGCACAAUGCAGCCAGCAAGCUGAAACAGCUCAACUACCUGAUAUAGAAACAGGUACAUGUAGUCUCCAUGAAGAUGGACAUGAGAUUUCUACACGUAACAGCAAAACUCAUGGAGGAGUGCAACAAUUAGAGGACAACAAUGAUAAUUCACAGUCAGAAUCAUCUGGUACAGAUGCAGCAUCUGCAUCUUGUGGUCAAAACAAGAAAAGAUGUCUUCCUAAUGAACCUAAGGAAUCUGCUCAUAAAAGGGCCAGGCUAGCAUCAUCACAACCGAAUGAAACAAGUUUAGCGGUUGAUGGUGUCAUUGAAUCUGGAGGGAGUAGCAAUGGAGCUGAAAGGGAAUCUGAUACAUGUGAUGGAGAAAUCCUGGCUGAGCAACAACCAGAGGAUGUAAGACAUGAUAAAGACAUGGGAAGAGGUGCAAGGGGAUCAGGGUGGGGACGUGGACGUGGACGUGGACGAGGGCGUGGGCGAGGGCGUGGGCGAGGGCGUGGGCGAGGAAGAAGGCAAGGUCCAGACAUAAUCCAAACGGGAAGUGAUCAUGAGAUUCAGGAGUCCAAUGUAGCACCUCAGAGAAGAAGUAGAGGAAGAGGUAGGGGAAGGAGGGGCAGAACUUGCAGAGUAAGAGGAGGCAGUAGACAGUCAGAACAUCAGGAGUCCGAUGUAGCACUUCAGAGAAGAAGUAGAGGAAGAGGUAGGGGAAGGAGGGGCAGAACUUGCAGAGUAAGAGGAGGCAGUAGACAGUCAGAACGUCAGGAGUCCGAUGUAGCACCUCAGAGAAGAAGUAGAGGAAGAGGUAGGGGAAGGAGGGGCAGAACUUGCAGAGUAAGAGGAGGCAGUAGACAGUCAGGUAGACAGAAAAGAAACCGAGAGACAGAGGAGGAGGCAAUGUCUGAUGACGAUGACGAUCUCAGUAAGAUUGAUGACUCUUUUGAGGCAAGUUGCCUCGAUCCAGCUGAUAGGAAGAGCCAUGCAAUACAGAUUGCAUUGUGGGAGAAACAGCUGCAAGAACACCGCUAUGCCAAGUGUCCGUUAUGUUACUGCAGACGGAGACAUGUGAUGUCCAUCUUUAAACACUUCCAAAAGUGUUCUGCUAACAGGCCUAAUUCCUACCCAUGCCGUCAUUGCCAGAAAGAAUUUCAAUCAGCAGCUGGGCUGAAAUAUCACCUGCUGGCUGUGCAUCAAGACAUGAACAUGGAGGCAAGUAGUUCGGAGAAUGCAUCAGAUGCUACAGAGCUCAGCCAUGCAAAUAUAAGCUUAAUCCUCCGCAAAGUUGGCAAAAUAACUUGUCAGAAUGAAGGCUGUAGUAAGAGCUUUACAACCGUAACUGGCUAUCAGUUCCAUCGGAAGAUAUGUGGCAAGGAAGCUGAGGAGAUCAAGUGUACAGAAUGUGAUAAGAUAUAUUACAGCAAGAAUGGUCUGACUCAUCACAUGAGGACUAUCCAUAGACCUCCUCCCUCUGAUGAGAUCAUUACACCAGAGGGAGUAGGUAGAAGCAAACGAAGAGCAGCAGAAAGAGCCCUAACCUCCAUGCAGGAACUGACUCAAGAUUUAGAGCAAUCAACAGCAGUGGGCCAAAGAAGCAAGACAAACAAAGACAAGGAUAAGGAUUGGCAGCAAACCAAGAAAAAGAAGAAAGAUCGAAAAGUCCAGGAAGACAGAGAGGAUGAGGAUAGUAGCAAGUCAUCUGAUGAGGAGGAUAGUAAUGAUGACAACACUGUCAGUGAUGGAGAUAGUGACAGUGAUGCUGACAGAAGACAAGGCAAUUGCACGUACUCUGAUGUUGCAGCAGACAUACCAGACUUGAUGAAGAUUGCACACACAGAGAGGAUGCAUAGGUUUGAUGCCUGUAAGAAGCAUGCUUCAGCAGCUGAGGUAUUCAAAGUGGAUUGGUCGUCGUGGACUUCACUGUCACAAAGUGAAUCUUGCCAGUAUUUGCCAGAACGUAAGAGAUCUUUCCGGUUUACAUCAGAUGCAAAGAAAGAACCCUCCUCACUGGAGUUAUUUCAAACCUCUAGCUCCUCCCCAAAGGGCACAUCCAAUCGGUGUUUGAAUCUGUUUGUUGGUGGACCUAUUUGGAGUAUUGCCUGGUGUCCACACCGUGACGAUGUAUCUACUGAGACUGAAUAUGCCGCCAUUAGCUGUCAUCGAUCACACAAUGUGUAUCAUUACACUACUAAGACGUAUCACGGGCCUGGUGCUGUGCAGCUGUGGUCAUUUGAUGGACUACACCAAGUCAAUCAAUCGCAGGCAAGUUGUCAGCUGGUGUGCUGUAUGGCACAUGACUAUGGCUGCAUAUGGGACAUGAAGUGGUGUCCUUCAGGCUGUUGGCAGACAGACUCAUCUAACGUGACUGAGUCUGCAAGUACUAGCAGACUAGGACUAUUGGCACUAGCCUGCUCAGAUGGCAGUGUACGCAUUCUCAAUGUCCCUCAUGCUGAGUGUGUACAACAACUCAAAGAACCAGGACUAAACCCAACUGUGCUAAGAAUGCAAUCAUCAGUUACUCUGCGACCUCAGCAUCAGGAUCUCUUGGAGGAAUGUGCUUCAUCAUGUGGUCAGUGUUGGUGUGUAGACUGGGCACCAGACAAUGGCCAUACCAAAAUAGCUGCUGGAUUUUCAAACGGUGCUGUUGCAUUGUGGGAUUUAUUAAGCCAGAGCCCAUUACUGCAUGUGUCGGGAUCCUGUGGGGUAUAUACAUUGCCAUACUGUUUGUAUGAUGCACAUCAUGCUAGGGUGACCGGCCUUUCAUGGUGUCCUUACGAUGCUGACUACAUAGCUACAGUUUCAUCUGAUCGUUUCAUGAUGUUAUGGGAUGUACGUACACCAGACGUAGCACUGACUAAGGUUAUACAUGCCCCACAUACUGGCUGUAAAUGGAUGAACUACUGUAAUGUAGUGGCUGUCACAUAUGACUUCAAAGGUGACCAAUCACACAGGAUCAUUUGCCAUUGCAUUAGAGGAAGAGGGCCAGAGAUUCAAUCCUGGAGUACCUCCACUCAACAGACAACGGACUGGCACAUUGAUUACUCUGACUGGCUCCAUUCCUUGCUAGCAUGCAGUGACAGCGGGGAUGUCACUAUCCAUAUACUUACCAAAUUUGCACAGUUUGAGACAUUAAGGAAAGUUGACAGGAGGAAACUUAUGAAGCACGUGUACAGCACACAAAUUCAUCAAUUACAACCUUGUAAGAAGACUGCCACUCCUAGGCAGAAGGGAGGGACAUCCAGCACCUUGGACAUACAAACUGAUCAUGGCCAUGGCAGACAUGAAUACAGCCCCACUACAGAUGACCAGCACGUAGCUGAUAGUACAAAUGCUCCAAAUCACAACCAUGCAAUCAAUACACAUGAAGAUUUGGCAUUCAGGAAACAAGAGCAAAGAGAAGUUGCCCAUGCAGCUGCUGUUGAUUCAAAGUCAUUAGAACCAGAAAUGGAACGUGUCAUAAAUCAUGAUGGCAAUGAGAAGGUUGCAUGUGUAGAGAGCGGUAAACAGGAAGCUCAUGAAACAGGAGCAGAAUCACUACAGGACACUCAGUCAGUAGGAACUGUGCCAAAUGACAAAUGCAGUGAGUUGGACUUGAAAUUGUCAUCGCUUGUUAGUACUUGCGAAGAGGUUGAACAAGUGAUCCAAGGAGAUGGUCAACUUGUUCCUAACUCAACCAAUUUGGAUAAGAAUGUUGCUACACAAGAAAAUAGAUUAUCCACUGGUAAUGUGAGUCACACAAUGAGGUCUGAAGGAUCUAGAUUAUCAUCUGGUGCCACACAAUCAAGACAUUCACAAGUAGAUGUAGCCACUGAUAACGAAGAUAACAUGUUACAGAGUGAGCAACAGGAGGGAUUGAUAAAUGCUGCAGGUCAUAAACACCAAGACUCUUACCAAGACCUAGAGUCCAUCAAGAAUGAAGCAUCUAAAUUGAUCAGGAACCGAGAAACAGAAAUGAUUCCUCAAGAAAAUAUCGCUGUAUGUAACAAGAGGCAUUCGCAUGAUGCUGAGAGUGAGUUUACAUUAAGGAAAUCAACAACAGAUGAAGAACUUGAAGACAAGGUUUAUAUCUCCUUUACAGAUUCAGUUUUGGAUGAACCCAGAAAGUCGAAAUGGAAGAGAAGAUACCGCCCAGCUAGUCCUGCCUCCUUCCAUAAAGGACCAUUAUCUGUAGCAAUACACAAGGUAUGUUUCAACCCCAACCUGGGCACUCAUACAUGGAUCUUAAGUGGUGGACAGACGGGUAUAGUGCGAGCUCACAAUAUCAAGGCUUUGCAGUCAGAGCGGACUAUUAAAGCACUCAGGAAUCAGACUGCAACAAGAAGUAUACCAACAGACCAGUGAUUGCAUUUGCUAAUUAUUGAUACUCUUUCAACAAAUUCCUGAUGUUUUGUUUACUUUUCCUCAAUUAUUUAUUAUAUCUGUUUUUAUGUAUGAUAAUUGAAUAGUAUGCCAUCAACUACAUACCAAGGUCAUAUGGCUCAGAGAACUGAUUACCUUCAAAUGAUGUGGUCGUUUUUGGUUGUUCUGUAGUACCUGUAGUGUGCACUGGAAUAUAAAUGGUGUAAGAUCAAUACAUUUGGGCCUUUGGAAGGUGUAAGAAAUGCGUGGACCCUGACAGGUUGACAUGGUGUCCAUUGUUCCCAAGAUAUGUGAGGCUGUUUCACUGUAUUUGGGUGAUUAAUGUCAGUGUGAACUGUUCGUCAACAAGAUUGGUCAUAACAGAGAUUGCAGUAGGAAUACAGUUGAUUCAUAUACUCUGCAUGCUGAAUAUUCAUGGGGCUGCUCUGCUUUAUCAAUGAUUUCGUAAUAACUGUCUCUGAAAUGUAAUACACGGUGUAUCCAAAAAAAAAAAGGAAAUGCAAAUGUUAAUUAUAUAAAAUCUAAUAAAUAUUUUCGAAAAAAAGAUAAAGAUCAUGUGAAACGCCAAUGUGUCCUCCUUCCAUUGAUACCUUGAUUGUGUGCCUAUGGCCACGAAUGACUGAGCAUUUGUUGUUAUUCUGUCAAGAGUCAAAACCUUCACUGGGCCAAGUUUUGCCUGGCUAAGAUUGCUGGCAGGUAAUAUGCAAAGGUUGAAAUGGAUUAGACGUGCAGAGCUUUGUGUGGAAAGAGGUGGUGGCCACGUUGAAGGCACUGUUUUGAGGAAACGGAUGUCUUCUUUCUUUAAAUUAAGCUGUUGCAAAAGCUGUUAAGCUGUGCAAAAGGCUAACUGGUAUUCUGGGCAUGUGGAACAGCUUUAAUUUAAAGAAAGAAGACAUCCUUUUCCUCAAAACAGUGCCUUCAACGUGGCCACCACCUCUUUCCACACAAAGCUCUGCACGUCUAGUCCAUUUCAACCUUUGCAUAUUACCUGCCAGCAAUCUUAGCCAGGCAAAACUUGGCCCAGUGAAGGUUUUGACUUUUGACAGAAUAACAACAAAUGCUCAGUCAUUCGUGGCCAUAGGCACACAAUCAAGGUAUCAUUGGAAAGAUGACACAUAGCGUUUCACAUGAACUUUAACUAAUUGGAAAAUGUUUAUUAGAUGUUCCUCAUUAACAUUUACAUCUUGGUAUCCUUCUUUGUUUCUUCACCCUGUAUACAUGUGACAGGUAUCAAGUGGACAUUCUGUCUGAAGUGGCCUUAUUGCUAGCUUUUGUACCUUUUUUCAAUAUGAAAUAUAUUGUAUUUACCUAUUUCGUCAAACUGAUCAGCGAAAUAAAUUUCAAGUAUUAAAUCGUACCAGUCAAGAGAUGAAGCGAGCAUAUACAUGGGUUAUGAGGACAUUUUCCCUUUUUCUGUCACUUUUAAUAUAAAAACUGUAAAACCAACUGAUCUUCAUCAGUGGAGGCUCUUGAACUCUUGAUGCUCAACAUUUCUAUUUUCUACAUUAGUUACAAAGUGGACAAUUACCAUUCAUUACUGAUGUACACGUACACACACAUUCAGUAGGCCUACUGGCUUUGCAGACUUAUUUGUAUUGAACCAUUGUUUCAUCACAAUCGUUUCAAUGAUGAAGGUGAGUGCGGUAUCUGGUAACUUGAUAUUUAAGUAAUGGUUAAUACUUUUAAUUAUUGUAUUUUAUUUGUGUAUGAAGAUUUUUAUUGUUGAAAUACAUAUCAAAAAAAUCUUGAAUUUGAUUUAUUUUAUUUGUUUACAUGUAUAUUGUACGUGACUGGGCUGUAAUUGAAUUCUAUUUUACCAAGUAUCAGGUCGUGCAUGUCUUGGGAGAUUGCAAGUUGUUACAUGCAGCACUUUGCUGCCUCUUUAUCGAAUGAGCCUUCAAAGUGCUGAUUUACUGACAAAUGCAUCAUAAUCCAAUUUCUACCUAAGUUGGCCUUACCCAUGCUAUACGGUGUCCAUGAUAGAUUAGGGGUCAUUUGAGGUCAUUGCUGCUGAUUUCGGCAGCAUUUGUCAAUGUGAACACAUGCCAGGCCUUUUCUUCGGAAUAAGGUCGAGUUAAAGGUUACACAUGGGUCAUUAGCGGUCAUUUCAUGAAAUGUUUAUACUCCCUUUCAACUUUCUCCGCGAUUUUGAGUGACACUCCUGUCACCACUGUGGCCCGGGUUCGAUUCCCGGCUAGGGCUUGGUGAGUAGAGUUGUGCAAUUCUCUCCUGUGCAGCGAGGGUUUUUCUCCGGACUCUCCGGUUUCCCUCCCUCUGCAACAACAUCAACACUUUCGAUCUAUGCUCCGUGGCCAGACAUGCGUCCUAUGGCGGUUGCCUAAGGCGCAUUGAUAUGCCUUCUGCUCGAUCACGUUGUAAUCGCAUCUUUCGGCUUCUCAGCUGCGAGUAAUAUACCCAGCACGAUAUGUGACAGAGGGCCCCAUAAUUAUUAACAUCAAUAAGUGUUUCAUUAGGCUGAAUUGUAAAAUUUGAAAUUCACCAAAUGGUACAGCCUAUCGGCCGAAAUGUUGCCGAGCCUUGAUAAAAAGUAGGUCCUGAUAGGGUCAAUAAAUAGGAACAAGACUAUUGUUUUCAUAAACGAUAUGGUGGGAUGUACUAUUUGGCCUACAGCAUGGGAUAGAUGAUUGAUCAAAAUUAAUUGCGAGUCUCAACAAGCACUACUAGUGAACGAUGACAGAACAAAACAUUACUUGGUACACUACUGUUUUAUUGAUAACAAUGUAUUUAACAUUUUAACUGUACAGGUGUUAAUCACUUGAACUUGAGCAACUAAUGCGGAUGAAUAACCACCACAUUCUGCUGUGGUUGUCAGUCAUUAGGCCUAUGCUUCACGCAGUGGCGUGUGUAUAUAAGUCUCAUUUACAAACUAUCGACACAUACCGUACGUGGGUCAUUCCAUAAAUAAGGGGUCCACAGUGUGACAUUGUUAUAUACAUUUUGUAUGUCUGGAUGCAAAAGAUUGUUUUAACCUUUGCAGUUUGAAUAUGUAGAACUGGUUGAUCUUAGUACUUUAAACACAAUGUUUUCAUUUUCCGACUUGAUUUUCUUCUUACAUGACGAAAAACAUGGUUUCACUUGUAAACAUGGACACCAUUACACGUGAAAUAGGUGACUUAUUUGUGCCAUAUUUAUGUUGGUUUUCAUCGAAAAUGUCUAAAAUUCAUAUAUUUAAUAAAGCAGUAAAGAUA